AUGGCGUGGCCCUGCAUCAGCCGGCUGUGCUGCCUGGCCCGGCGCUGGAACCAGCUGGACCGCUCGGACGUAGCGGUGCCGCUGACUCUGCACGGCUACUCGGACCCCGGGAGCGAGAGGCCGGGCGCCGACUGCACCGCCUCGCGCGGGAGCCCGGCUGUCGCCGGCGCGCCGGAGCCCAGCCGCGCCGUGCCGCUCACCCAGUACCAGCGCGACUUCGGCGUGCGGACCGCGCGCGCGGGGACCCGGGAUGCGGCGCCGGAGCGCGUGCCCGGGCCGGGCGGCCGCAGGGGCCAGUCUUCGGCGCCCCCCGCCCGGCAGGUCUACGUGCUGCCCGUCGGGGACGCGGACGCAGCUGCGGUAGCGACCACGUCUUAUAGGCAGGAAUUCCAAGCGUGGACUGGAGUGAAGCCCUCAAGAUCCACAAAGGCAAGAUCUGCCAGAGUCAUCACAACUCACAGCUCUGGGUGGGAUCCCAGCCCUGGGGCCGGCUUCCAGGUUCCAGAGGUGAGGAAAUUCACACCCAAUCCCUCAGCCAUCUUUCAGACAUCAGCUCCCCGGACUCUCAAUGUGUGACCAGUGGAGACCAGUGGAGAUCGUGGCUGCUGGGAACGCUGAUGGACACCUCCAGACCUCCCCGAAGGGGGCCUGGCUUGGUCCUUUGCUGACUGGAGCAGCAUGGCUGUCAGCCCCGGCUGUGGUGUGGAGUGGAGGCAGGCGAGCGGACCACCACCAGCCACACUCAGCCUCUCCCACCCUCCUCCUCAACGGGGAAGGAGACUUGAACUUUUAAAUUGCCAUUUGGCACCCUUCAAUUUUUACAUCUGAGGAUCAAUCCAGCUGUGACCUGAACUGCUCCAUACUGAGACAUCUAUCAAGUCCUGGACAGACCAGCUACCCACUUUGGAUGGUUUCCCCAGAUGCAUGUUAAUUCUAUUCGAUAGCCUGUGGUAGGCCCAGACAGUUUUCUCAUCUCUUUCUGCAGUGGCCCACAUACUUACAUCAAGAAAUCUUAUCCAGGCAGUGGUGGGCACAUACCUUUAACCCCAGUGGGUGCAGAGGCAGGCAGAUCUCUGUGAUCUUGAGGACAGCAUGGUCUAGAGUUAGUUCCAUGACAGCCAGGGCUACACAGAGAAAACCUGUCUCAACACACACACACACACUCA